UCUUUAUUUAUAUAAGGUUAAAACAUCAUUUCAACUAACUUAUUAAUAUCUUUUAUAUUAUUUUUAUUUUCCAAUUAAACGAUUAUCUUCGUCUACACAAAUUGUAACCUGUAUAUCUUCUUUUAUAUGUAGAACUUUAAUAAAUAUCCCACGAUUAUUGUAUAGCGAAUCGGAACGACGCUAUCUCUCAGAUUAUCUUUUCUUUGAUAGCGAAUUAUCAGGAAUUGUAACAUAUUUUAUUCAUCCGUAACGUCUGGUCCAUUCCGUACAUGUGGAGGUGUAACGGACACGACAUGAGGGUCUUAGUAUGUUUGUUCCUUGGUCUUGUGGCAUCGACCUUAGCUGGGAACCAUGACAAAUAUUCCGGGUAUACCGUCUAUGGGGUUCAUAUAGAUGAUCACUACCACCAGAAGGUACUUUCGGUUUUACAGAGUGAUAUCGAUUUAGACGUUUGGCGACAUGGGGUUCCGAAAGCUAGAGAUGCCCUGGUUAUGGUUUCGCCAGAAAAUAGACUGCAAUUCCUAAAGAUUUUGGAAGAAAAUAACAUGCACCAUUACAUUCAUCUCCAUGAUGUUGCGAGAUCUCUGAAACAAAGUGAUGAUGAUUUUUUACGGUGGAAACUGAGCAGAGGAAAUGAAUUGCCAAUUUUUGAGGAUUAUCCAACAUACGGUGAUGUCAUCGACUACAUGGAGAGAAUAGCUCGUAAUAAUUCAGCCAUAGUGACUUUAGUGAAUGCCGGCAAUAGUUUCGAGGGACGACCUGUGAAAUACUUGAAGAUAUCAACCACAAACUUUACUGACACCAGUAAACCUAUCUACUUCCUGGAGGCAACGAUGCAUGCUCGUGAGUGGGUGACAACCCAAACAGCUCUGUACACCAUACAUCGAUUGAUCGAAGACCUGAAGACUGAGGAUAGGGAUCUGAUAGAAGGGAUCGAUUGGAUCAUAUUUCCCGUGGUCAAUCCUGAUGGAUAUGAAUUUUCGCAUACAACCGAUCGCAUGUGGAGGAAAACACGUUCUUUCAAUGCAACGAUCAGCGCCACGUGCUACGGUGUCGAUCCAAACAGGAACUUUGACAUUGAAUUUAAUACAGUAAGCGUGUCUCCGGAUCCCUGUUCCCAAAUAUAUCCGGGACACGAAGCUUUCUCGGAACCAGAAACCCGUUACGUCAGAGAUAUUUUAUUGGAAUACAAUAAUCGCAUCCAAGUGUUCAUGGACGUGCAUAGUUACGGCAACUAUAUUGUUUACGGCUUCGAUAACGGAACGCUGCCACAGAACGCGCUGCACAUACAUCACGUGGGUGCGUUAAUGGGUGCGGCUAUCGAUACUCUUAAAUUACAAAAAGCACCCUUCUACAUUGUCGGCAACUCGAGAUACGUCUUCUACGCUGUCUCUGGAAGUGGUCAGGAUUACGCACAGGCGGUUGGCGUAGGAUUCUCGUACACUAUAGAGUUGCCAGGAUACGAGUAUGACUUCCGAGUUCCUCCCUCGUACAUCAAUCAAAUCAACACGGAGACCUGGGAAGGUGUCGCAGCAUCGGCUCGAGCUGCAAGAUCGUAUUAUAGAUUUGGUGCAAUGGGUUGUUUUGUAAUAUUCUUAUUUGCUUCGCUAUUUUAUAUUACUUUAGCUGGAAAACAUGAUGUUUAUCGCGGUUACAUUGUGUAUGGUGUUAAGUUAGAAGAUCAGGUGGACCAAGAGGUACUUUAUGGGCUACAAUCAGAACUGGAUUUGGAUUUAUGGGAGUACGGAGUGCCCAAAGUUAAAGAUGUUCUCGUCAUGGUGUCACCGGACAAGAAAGAGAGAUUUUUGGACAUUUUAGAUAGAAAUUAUAUCAAACACUACCUUCACCUAUCUGACGUGGCCAAGGCUUUGGAAGAGAACGACAACGAUUUGUCUAGUUGGGAACGUGAAUCAAGCAGAGUUUUUGAAAAGUAUGCAAGAUAUGCUGAGAUAGAUGCAUACCUUGAAGAGGUAGCACAAGCUCAUCCCCGGAUUGUGACGCUCGUGAAUGCUGGACUUAGUUUCGAAGGACGUCCUGUCAAAUAUUUAAAGAUAUCCACUUCAAACUUCACCGACCCCAGCAAGCCUGUCUACUUCAUCGACGCCGCGAUGCACGCUCGCGAGUGGAUUACGAUUCCACCAGCUCUGUACAGCAUUCAUCGUCUGGUGGAAGACCUUCGAGAACAAGACCGAGACUUACUGGAAGAAAUCGACUGGAUUGUGAUGCCGCUGGUUAACCCUGACGGAUAUGAAUACACUCACACCCAGGAACGUUUAUGGCGGAAGACGCGUUCCUUCAAUGUCACAAGACAUCCUGAAUGUUACGGAGUGGAUGCGAAUCGAAACUUCGACGUAGACUUCUAUGGCACCGGCUCCAGUACCAAUCCCUGCGUGAACACAUUCCGUGGUCACGAACCAUUCUCAGAGCCGGAAACCCGCUGUGUUCGAGACGUCAUUCUAGAACACAUAGAUCGCUUGCAAGUGUACCUUAAUGUACACAGUCAUGGUAACCUUAUCUUGUAUGGUUACGGCAAUAAAACUUUACCCUCCAAUGUUGUCCAACUACAUCAAGUCGGUGCCAUCAUGGGAGCAGCUAUAGAUCAUAAAAAACUCCUCGAGGCUCCGUAUUAUCUGGUGGGAAAUAGUGCGCUUGUACUGUACACAAGCUCCGGCAGCGCACAGGAUUAUGGACAGGUGGUCGGUGUACCCUUCUCCUAUACACUGGAGUUGCCUGGAAUGGGUUAUGGGUUCCAGAUUCCCGUCAGGUUCGUCAACCAAGUCAAUAUGGAAACCUGGGAAGGCAUUGCUGCAUCAGCACGAAUCGCUAAAAUAUAUUAUAGAGCGAGAGAUCAAAAGUAAUCUAUACAACAUUUGAUAUUAGUAAAAUAUGUCUUUUAUGUAAUUAAAAAUGAAAUUGGUUGAAAUAAAAGAUGGAAUAAA